CUGUAAACAGUUUCUCUUGACACUUUCUGUUUCUGCAGUCAAAGCAUGAACAUGUCACUUAGGAUAAGGAAACAACAGAAAACUCACGUUUGCUGGAAUGUGACUGAACUUGAGUGAUGGCUUUCAAACGGUGAAGAAAAAUGUAGCUCACGAAUUUUGUUUCUCAAAAAGCACUUGUCAGUAGAAGCCAACUGAACAACACGAAAGGUCAAGUUGCAGAUUUCUGUCAGACAUGGACAACCAAAGGAAUGUAUUUUCUCGCUACACAGAUUUGUGUGGAAAUGAACUUCGAAUGGUCCUCGUUGGAAAAACAGGAAAUGGGAAAAGUGCUUCGGGAAACACUAUCCUAGAUCGAGAGGCUUUUUAUUCACAUCUUUCACCAGAGUCUAUCACAUCACAGUGUGAAAAGGCCAGAGGAAACGUGAACGGGCGCACAGUGGUCCUGAUCGACACACCAGGAAUGUAUGAUACAGUGCUCACAAAAGACAAGGUGAUCUCAGAGGUGAAAAUGUGCGUCUCCCUUUCUGCGCCCGGUCCUCAUGCCUUCCUGAUUGUGAUCAAGCUUGACAGAUUCACAGAGGAAGAAGUGAGAACAGUGGAACUCCUGCAGAGGGUGUUUGGUGAGGAAGCUGCAGAUUACUCCUUGGUCCUCUUCACUCACGGUGACCGGCUGAGAGAUAAAACAGUGGAGGAUUUUUUCCCUAAAAACAGAAAACUUCACCAGUUGAUUAGACAAUGCAGCGGCCGCUAUCACGUCUUAAACAACACAAUCACUGAUAGGCAGCAGGUAUCAAAUCUGCUUCAAAAGGUAGACCAGAUGGUUAGGCAAAAUGGAGGGGGCUUCUACACAAAUCAAAUGCUCCAGGAUGCUGAGAGAGCCAUCACAGAAGAAAUGAUAGCUACUCUGAAAGCUGAAGAAGAGGAAAAACUCAGAGAAGGUGCAAGACUGAGAGCCACAUUGGAAAGAGAAGAUAUGCAGACAAAGCUAAACCAGAUCGAUGAACAGCGUUACUUCAAAAUAAGAGAAAAGGCUGAGAAGAAAAACAAAUUUCUGAAAAGUGGACUGACGAUGGCAUUCGCUGAAAUAGGGGUUGCAAUUGGAGGUGCUGUCGGAAUGCCUCUGGGUCCAGUCGGCAUCGGGAUCGGAGCAGGAGUGGGUGCAGCUGUUGGAGCUGGAGUAGGACUGAUGGCAUCAGCAGUUACAACACUCUGUAGCAGGAGCUGUUCCAUACAGUAACGUACCAAUUGAAGACAAAUCAGUUCAUUCUGACCUGAACCAAGUCGACCAAAAUCACACAUUUAGUUUGCAUAAUGCUGCAGCACUCACAACAUAUUAAAUACAUGCAACAAAAGUAAGUAUUUUCAGCUUUGGCACAAAUUUAUGUAUUUGUUUAAUCAUUCAUUGCAGUAAAAAACAAUUAGAGUAUCAACGUGAAUUAAUUUAACCUUAAUUUGGGUAUUUUGUUGAUACUGUAGGUUUGGGUACGGACCAAAACCAGCAAGCGAUUACAGCACAGCAAAUGUUAACUCUGUUCUUUUCUUCAAAGAUUAUUUUACACGAGGCAGUGGUGCAACAAGCAGACACUGGGCCCUAAUGCAGGCUUGUCAAGGUGGAGCCCCCCCCCAAAAACCCCUAACCCGAGCCAGCUGAUGUAAUGUCAACAGCAAAUGUAGACAUCGAAACAAAUAAAAAGUAAUGUCAUAAACCUUGUGUUGAACAAAUAAAAAUCACGUGUGAGCACUGAUCUGAGCACUUGCAUUUUCAAAUGUGAGGCAUAAUAUUUUUGAUGUAGCCUCUCUACUUUUAAGAUUAGGCUUAAAACUUUCCUUUUUGCUAAAGCUUAUAAUUAGGGCUGGAUCAGGUGACCCUGAACCAUCCCUUAGUUAUGCUGCUAUAGACUUAG